UCACGAAAUGCAGGACACUGUGGAGACAGAGUGGUUGAGUUGUCAAAGGAAGAUACAGCUGGACGUGACUUUGUUGAAGUCCGUGCUUUUGAGAGUAAUGGCCUGUGUGUUCGAUACAACUUCAUCACAAGAGUUUAUUCUUCUACUGUCAAGAGAGAGUUAAAAGCUAUUGAGGAUGGAGAAGCACCAAUUCCACAUGUGGUGAUCAUGAACUCCUGCAUUUGGGAUUUAACACGCUGGGGAGCCAAGCAAGAAGAUCAAUACAAAAAGAAUAUGAUUGACCUGUUUCAACAUCUACGUUGUCUGCUACCAGAGGACACCCUUAUAAUAUGGCUCACAACUCUGCCGGUGUCCACAGGGAAAAUCAGAGGAGGUGUUAUGAUCAAGCAGUUGGAGUUUGUGCAGCACAGUAUGGAGUUCAUAGUAAUGGAGGCAAAUAAAUUUGCUCAGGAACUGUGCAUGGCAUUCGAUUUUAACUUACUUGAUCUGCAUUACUAUAUGCGGUUUCAACUUCAGAGGCGAACAAAGGAUGGCCUCCACUGGGAACCUCCAGCUGUGAGGAUGAUGACCAAUUUCAUUCUCUCACAUAUAGGUACCCAACUAACUCUGAGUUUUGGUGAAACCCUUCCUGGUAAUACCCAAGAUGUUCUUUUGAAAGAAGCAGUAUGCCUAGCAGAAGAGGCAAAAUCUUCUUCAGAAGACAAGCCUGAAAUUCAUUUGGAUCAAGAGAUAAAAGAAACAAUUUUGAAUGUUCAGAAGCAGACUGAUGCCUUCCAGAAGCUGGACAGGAACCUCAGAGGAAGAAGCAAAAUCACUGAGAGAGUCAAGUGUCAAGCCAGACGCUCCCUGAGAUGGGACAGUGACCACCCUGAGAAGUCAUCAGCACGAAAUAUGAAAAGGUAUAACUCUGUCUUUGACAGAGCACCUGUUAACAAGGGGAGUGAACACGUUAACAAAGCGGCCACAUAUUACAAUGAGCGCAUUACGAGGGGACUUAAUUGUCUGACAGGCAACUACAGCAUGCGUCGACCACCUUUACUUCCUAACAAUCCAUAUGAACAGCAAUAUUUCACAUAUGGUCAUGGGACAUCUUCCAAUUCCUCACAGUACAUGUUACCUCUGAGGCAUGACCAGCACACUAAUAUGGUGUCUCAUAUGCAGAACCAAUACAGUAAUAAGAUUUGGGUUAAUCCUGCUCAUCAAUUCAGUGAUUUGGUGCAAGGAUAUUCUCAAGCAGAAUACAACCACCAACAAAGAUUCCAAUUUCAAUACUCUUCCCAACAUCCUACAUAUCCACAGAUGAAUCCGAACCAGCAUUCUUCAUAUCCACCGUGGAACCACAAUCAGGAGAUUCCUUAUCAGCAUAACAGUGGCUACUUUUGAUUCCACCUGCUUCACAUCCCGUGCCAGUAGUGUAAUUUUGUUUGGAUUGAGUAAUUUUUUGGAGGAAUUCAUUUUGUAUUGGAAAAGUAUCAGCAAUUAAUAGACAAAUGUUCUGUUACCACCAGUAUACAGUGUUAAAAAUUACACAUAUUUUAUUAACUUUUCUUUUUUUAUAACUUGAUCACAUAAAAUAAGAUUGCAUUUCACCAGUACAUAAUAUCAAUAGACUUUCAUAAAGUUGAACCAUCUUAUAAAGAUAAAAUAUUUCUUUUAGUGAAAUGUAUGUAUCAUUUUGAGUUGAGAGUGGUUGCAUAGAUCUAUUCAAGAUAAAGGAUGAAUUGUCUGAAGGUUUCUGACUGUAAUUUGUAUGCCUCAUUGUAUAUAACAUAUUACGACAACUAUGUGUAAUAGAUGGCAAUAAGUUUA